AUGGCUUCGACUCAGGGCGAUCCUCGUGUUCUAUACAGCAUCAACAACAUCCGCGCCUAUCACCUACAAGAUGGCGAGGAAACCGAUCUCACGCCAUCCGGGCCGCAAACCCUCUCCUUGCUGAUGGUCCCUACAGUAUCACCAGCGCAGCAACAGCAAGAAACCGGGAGCGCGCCAGAAGAGGAUUUCUAUCUACAUUUACAUCUCCCUCCUGAAUUGGAUAUGCCGUUACCAGCAACUACCCAGAUAUAUCAUCAACCUCCAAACAGCUAUCUCAUUCCCCGCUGGGAUCUUGGUCCCGAUGCUGGCGCUUUUAUCCGUCUGCAGUUUCCUGGCAUUGGAUCCGGCGCUGGCAAGGUCUCCCAGGAAGAUGUCGACACGUUCGAGACUAUUUUAGCGCAAUGCACUGCGUUCCUCGAACGGGCUGCUCCCCCAUCAAGUCAUGCGCCGUACAAUCCUGCCGAUUACGCACCGGGAGAAGGCUAUAUAUCCUCUUCAGACCAGAAGAGCUCUGAUGGCAAGGGUCAGAUUGUUUUGGUAGAUGAGGAGGACGGUAGUGUUGUUGGUGAACUUUCAGAAGGGUACAAGGUUGUCGAAAAGCCGGAUGUGAAACCCGGUUCAAAGAAUCCCGUCGAGAUUCAACUUCCCUCUCCUGGCGAGGAUCAUCAGAUCAGCGUCAGCAACGUCUCCGAGGAAUACCUCCGCAUGGCCCGACAUCCAGCCUACAAAGACUCCACUAUAGUUCAAACCUCAGCACGAGCAUCUCGUCUUAUUGUGACUGGAUCCGCCUAUCUGGCCAACAAACUCACCACUGGAGCCGACAGCUUUGCGCAGAGAACCAAGCCGAACCCUGAACCAUUGAAUUUCUCGCCUGCAACGCAAGAACGUAUUCGCAAAGUGCAUAACUUGUCUCAAUCUGCGGUUGGUCUAUCUGCCCGCACGGUGGGAUCUAUUGGACGGGUGGCCCAGAAUCUUGGAGCAAAUCUAGCGCGACGUAAGGAUAUGCCCAAGGGUUCUUCACGUCAAGGGUAUGACAGCAACGGCAAUCCGGUCAAUAUCAAAACGGGUGUUUUGAACAAGUCCCUGAUAGCAUUCACAACGUUGAUGGAUGGAAUUGAGGAAGGUGCGCGAACAGUGCUGAAUUCAGGUUCUACUGCCGCUACCUCUAUGAUUCAACAUCGUUAUGGCCCUGAAGCCGGCAACGUUGCAUCUGAUAUCACGCGAGGAUUUAGGAACGUCGGAUUGGUAUACAUUGAUGCUACCGGCGUGAGUCGCCGAGCAGUUUUGAAAUCCGUGGCGAGGGGCAUGAUAGUCGGACGCAUGCAUAAUGGUCAACAGGUUGUCGUCGGCAGUGGUGAUGGAGGUCAAGUUCCGCCCGAUGGGUCGUCUGGAAAGACCGAAUAUGCUUAUUAUGGCGGCAGCAACAACGGUCUCGGUAAUAGUAAUACCCCUCGCAGCAGCAGCAGAAGUCGUCUGCCAGCUCCUCCUAGACGACUAACUCGUACUCCGUCUCCACCCCCGGCAUACGGUGCGGCAGGGACGUAUUCUUUGCCGGGGGGUAACUCUACAACUGUAUCAGGGAAGCGUUAA